UUCUGAAUAAGUCUACAAGUAGAAUGGACAGUUAUUUUAAAGCAGCAGUCAGUGACUUGGACAGACUUCUCGAUGAUUUCGAACAGAAUCCAGAUGAACAAGAUUAUCUCCAAGAUGCACAAAAGGCAUAUGAUUCUAAGCACUAUUCAGUCUCUUCAGAGCUGACUGCCUCACAAGGAACUUCAUUGCUACCAAAGGAUCAACAGUGCAUUAAUUGUGUCUCAUCAGAAACAGGUUAUGAGACAAAUCAGAUUGCCCUGAGUGAAAAAAUACUUGAGGGACUAACUUCUUUACAAAAUGAAAAAAAUGUAACAGGGCUUGAUCUCCUUUCUUCUGUGGAUGGCGGCACUUCAGAUGAAAUCCAGCCUCUGUAUAUGGGACGGUGUAGUAAACCUGUCUGUGAUCUGAUAAGUGACAUGGGUAAUUUAGUUCAUGUAACUAAUAGUGAAGAAGAUAUUAAAAAAUUAUUGCCAGAUGACUCGAAGUCUAGUGCAGAUUCCUUGACGGGACUGGAUUUAUCUUCAGUGUCAGAAACUUUCUGUGUGUCUUCAGCAGACCAUGGUAGUAAUGCAGUCAGAGAGGAACAGAGUGAUGUCAGCUCUGAAUUACAAAACAGAGGAAUCAGUGGAACUACAGAAUUUGGUGUAAAAGUAGAUACAGCACUUUCAGAUUCAUGUACUUACAAUGAAAAAGAAAAUUUAGAGGAUAAAAAGAUCUCUAAUCAGUCAGAACCAGUUGUUGAUUUUAACAUGCCAUCUGCUUUGACUCAACAAAGUUCCAAAGUGUUUGAUGCCAAAGACCACCCACAGCACAAGAACCAGCCAUGUGAAUUGGUAAAAGCUGCUGGGUGUUUGGUAAAAGAGGAGGAAGAGGUGCCAGUUAAAGCUGCCACAGAAUGUUUAAAAGAAGGAGGCAGCACAAGUGCUUUGUCUUGCAGUCUUCCAAAAAAUGGAGGUUUAUGCUUAAAUGAUUCAAACUUAAGAGAUGAAAAUUCCAAGUUACCUGACUUUUCCUUUGAGGAAGAUAGGACUGCUGUAUUUAUAAAAGAAUCUGCAAAAGAAGACUCAAGAAAUUUAGAUUUUAAUGAUAAUAAAGAUGUAAUCCAAGAUUCUGCUUCAGCUUUACAUGUUUCAAGUGAAAAUGCAUAUUCCUCAUUGUCCUGUCUUCCAGUACCUGGGUCUUUGUGUGGAUCUUUAAUUGACAGUAAAGGUCAUGGUGAUUUUUUACCCCAGAAUGAAAAUAAAGACAAUGCACAGAAUGCAGUGACUGUACAUGAAGAAAUACAGAAGAAGGUUACUUCAGGUAGGGAAUCUUUGAAGGAGACUGAUCUUUUGAAACAGGAUAAAUGUAAAAACAUACUUCAUCAGCCAUUAACUGAAAAGAUGGGAGAUAGAAAGGUAGAUUCUAACCAGAUGGUAAUCAGAGUUGAAUCUAUGGAUUACCCUGAUAACAGCAGUUCUUAUACAGCUGCAGAAUCUCAAACAGAGCUUUCUGGUGCUAGUGCCCCAGAAUCUCCUGAUCAUUGUGAAGGUCUCACUUUUUCAAGCAGUGAUAUUGAUGGACAAGACUUAGAUUACUUUAACAUUGAUGAAGGCAUGAAAAGUGGCACACCAAUUAGUGAUGCUGAACUUGAUGCCUUUCUCACUGAACAAUAUCUUCAGACGAGUAACAUAAAAUCAUUUGAAGAAAAUAUAAGUGAUGCAGAAUCUCAAAUGAAUCAGGUAGAUAUGAAAGGCCUAGAUGAUGGAAAUAUUGAUAAUAUAUAUUUUGAUGCUGAAGCAGGAGCUACUGGGGAAAGUCCUGGUAUUAAUAUGAUUUGUGAAACAAUUGAUAAACAGAAUACAGCUGGAAAUGGUAGCCUUUCUUUAGGUGAAAAAAGUACAGUUACAGUUGAACAAGGUUUAUCUAGCAGUAAGUCUGAGAUUACAAAUGAAUUAUCAGUCUCUGAUAGUAACAGUCAAUCUGUUCAUGUUGGAGGGGCCAGGCCUAAGCAAUUGUUUAGUGUUCCAUCAAGAACAAGGAGUUCAAAGGAACCAAAUAAACUGGAUGUUCCAAAUAUGCCUGAGAGUAAACCCAGGACAGCAAAUACCAUUGUUCCAGCCACUUGUACUACAGAUUCUGUGACUGAUCCUCAGGUUAGCUUCGAUUCUAAUUACAUUGAUAUAGAAAGUAAUUUUGAAGGUGGGUCCAGUUUUGUAACUGCAAAUGAAGACUCUCUUCCUGCAAACACUUGCAAAGAUGGCCUUGUUUUGGGCCAGAAACAACCUACUUGGGUUCCUGAUUCAGAAGCUCCGAAUUGUAUGAACUGCAAAGUCAAAUUUACUUUUACGAAACGGAGACAUCAUUGCCGAGCAUGUGGAAAAGUAUUUUGCGGUGUCUGUUGUAAUAGGAAGUGUAAAUUACAGUAUCUAGAGAAGGAGGCAAGAGUAUGUGUAGUCUGCUAUGAGACUAUUAGUAAAGCUCAGGCAUUUGAAAGGAUGAUGAGUCCAACUGGUUCUAAUCUUAAAUCUAAUCAUUCUGAUGAGUGUGCCACCGUCCAGCCUCUUCAGGAGACUCAAAGAUCAAGUAUACCUUCACCUACAACUUUACCAAUCUCAGCACUUAAACAACCAUGUGUUGAAGGAUUAUGCUCCAAAGAACAGAAGAGAGUAUGGUUUGCAGAUGGUAUAUUGCCCAAUGGUGAAGUUGCAGAUACAACAAAAUUAUCAUCUGGAAGUAAAAGAUGUUCUGAAGACUUCAGUCCUCUCUUACCUGAUAUGCCGUUGAUGGUAAACACAGUGGAUCAUGCCCAUUCUACUCCAGUGGAAAACCCAAACAGUGAGACAGAAGAUACAAUAAAUGAGAUAAUUCGAAGUCCUACUUCUCAGGUUCCACCUGUGGAAAAACUGCCCACAAACACAGGAACUGAGGGGUUCCCUACAUCUGCUUCUUUUACACUAGAUGAUGAUGUUUUUGCAGAAACUGAGGAACCAUCAGGUCCCACUGAUGUCUUGGUUAACAGCAGUUUACCUGUUGCUUGUAGUUCAGAUUAUAGGCUAUUAUGUAGUAUUGGUGAUAAUGUUUGCAGUAAGGUUAGUCUUCUACCUGAUGAUGAGGACAGCUUGCCCCCUCUUCUGGUUACAUCUGGAGACAAGGGGUCAGUGCCUGUAGUAGAAGAACACCCAUCUCAUGAACAGAUCAUUUUGCUUCUUGAAGGCGAAGGUUCUUGUCCUGUUACAUUUGUCUUAAAUGCUAAUCUACUUGUGAAUGUCAAGUUAGCAUUUUAUUCCUCAGACAAAUACUGGUACUUCUCAACCAAUGGACUGCAUGGCUUGGGACAGGCAGAAAUUAUUAUUCUGUUGUUAUGUUUGCCAAAUGAAGAUACUGUUCCUAAGGACAUCUUCAGACUGUUUAUCACCAUUUAUAAGGAUGCUCUGAAAGGAAAAUACAUAGAAAACUUGGACAGUAUUACCUUUACUGAGAGUUUUCUCAGCAGCAAGGAUCAUGGAGGAUUUUUAUUUAUUACACCUACUUUUCAGAAACUUGAUGAUCUCCUAUUACCAAGUAAUCCUUUUCUUUGUGGAAUUCUCAUCCAGAAGCUAGAGAUUCCCUGGGCAAAGGUUUUUCCGAUGCGUUUAAUGUUGAGAUUGGGUGCAGAAUAUAAAGCAUAUCCUGCUCCUUUAACAAGCAUCAGAGGCCGAAAACCUCUUUUCGGAGAAAUAGGACACACUAUUAUGAACUUACUUGUUGACCUUCGAAAUUACCAGUAUACCUUGCAUAAUAUAGAUCAGUUGUUGAUUCAUAUGGAAAUGGGGAAGAGCUGCAUAAAAAUACCUCGGAAAAAAUACAGUGAUGUAAUAAAAGUAAUAAAUUCUUCUAAUGAGCAUGUCAUUAGCAUUGGAGCUAGUUUUAGUACAGAAGCAGAUUCUCAUCUGGUCUGUAUACAGAAUGAUGGGGUUUAUCAGACACAGGCCAACAGUGCUACUGGCCAUCCUAGAAAAGUGACAGGUGCAAGUUUUGUGGUAUUCAACGGAGCUCUAAAAGCAUCUUCAGGAUUUCUUGCUAAGUCCAGCAUAGUUGAAGAUGGCCUAAUGGUACAAAUAACUCCAGAAACUAUGGAUGGCUUGCGGCUAGCUCUACGAGAACAAAAAGACUUUAAAAUUACAUGUGGGAAAGCUGAUGCUGUAGACAUGAGAGAAUAUGUGGAUGUCUGCUGGGUAGAUUCUGAAGAAAAAGGAAACAAAGGUGUUAUUAGUUCAGUGGAUGGAAUGUCAUUACAGGGAUUUCCAAGUGAAAAAAUAAAACUGGAAGCAGAUUUUGAAACUGAUGAGAAGAUUGUAAAGUGUACUGAGGUGUUCUACUUUCUAAAGGACCAGGAUUUAUCUGUUUCAGCAACUCGUUACCAGUUUGCAAAAGAAAUCGCCAUGGCUUGCAGUGCCGCACUGUGCCCUCACUUGAAAAUUCUAAAGAGUAAUGGAAUGAAUAAAAUUGGCCUCAGAGUUUCCAUGGACACCGACAUGGUUGAAUUUCAGGCAGGAUCUGAAGGCCGACUUCUUCCUCAGCAUUAUCUAAAUGAUCUUGAUAGUGCUCUAAUCCCUGUGAUACAUGGUGGGACCUCCAACUCUACUAGUUUACCGUUAGAAAUAGAAUUAGUAUUUUUUAUUAUAGAAAAUCUUUUUGAGUGAAAGAACUGAGUUGUAUUAUAUAUUACAAAUUGAUUUGUUAAAACUAACUCCAGCACUAAGGCUGAAAUGCCACAAACACUAAAAGAAAAUAUGUUUGAUGUUUGAAACUUGUAAGCUUUGCUUUUUAGGCAGGAAUGAUCUUUUAAAAAUCAUUAGCACAAUAUUUAAAUCUCAAAAAAAUGGAAGAG